GCGCGCUUCCAGUCCUCAAUUAGGUCCGCAUCCUGCACAUAUAAGGAGGUUGCCUCCACGACUUUCAUGUUUUCUCCGGAAGGUGACUAAGCGGUGCUGACAUGUCUGGCCGAGGCAAAGGUGGGAAGGGCCUGGGCAAGGGGGGCGCCAAGCGCCACCGCAAGGUGCUGCGCGAUAACAUCCAGGGCAUCACGAAGCCCGCCAUCCGGCGGCUGGCCCGGCGCGGCGGCGUCAAGCGCAUCUCCGGCCUCAUCUACGAGGAGACCCGCGGGGUGCUCAAGGUGUUCCUGGAGAACGUGAUCCGCGACGCCGUCACCUACACGGAGCACGCCAAGCGCAAGACGGUCACGGCCAUGGACGUGGUGUACGCGCUCAAGCGCCAGGGCCGCACCCUCUACGGCUUCGGCGGCUGAGCGCCUCCGACCUCCUGCUACCUCCACAAGCACAAAAAGGCCCUUUUCAGGGCCGCCCACGUUUUCCACGAAAGAUCUGUAGCUUUUGGUUACUUUCUAGGAAUCUUGUGCUAUAUUGUGUGCCCACCUUCUAAAUGUGUAUAAGAGUUGUUAGUUGUCCGCUCUGUCGUGCCCCUUUAUCUUAACCCGAGGGCUUUUAACGUUGGGGCUUAGUUAAGCCGUGCUGUGGCUCUGCCGCAGUCGGUUUGUCUAAGCCUUGGGCUGCCCAUCAAUUUUGGGUGACAGACAAGGCCACAUGGUAUCGUCGGCAUUUCCAAGGAGCUUCCUUCGUCCUCGAGCACUUUCGAGUUCGAAAUCAGGUGUCUUCAAGAAUUCUUUUUUGGCUGUUGGCUCCGGACCACCCCUCCAUCACCCGAAAAUGUCAUCAGAAGUAUUCCACUUCCUCCAGGGUCUUCCAGCUGGACUAAACUUUACAGGAGGACAUACUAACAGGAGGAAAAAAAAAAAAUCCAAAGGUCUUAUUACCUGCGCCCAGAGUCCCGCUCCUGAUCUGAGAAAGUGGACCCUGAGAACACACGUUUCUGAUCUGUUGAGCUGGUGUUCCCCUGUUGUUGUGGAGAUGCCGUCUAUACAAUAAUGUAGAAGAAGUUAAGUCAUCAGACCAGAGACUUCCCUUGAACUCCACACUCAGAGACCCAGCUACCCACUUGACUUCUCUAUUUGGAAGUCCAUGAAUAUCCAUUUCCAAAUCUGACACCACCACCGCAAGACCAGCCUCUCUCGUCAACAUCUUGAAUUUGGAAAACGCCGAGUCCCACCUUCCAGCUGGAGUUGUUUUCGACUCUCCAGUCCAUAGUAGGUCCUGUCAGCUGUACCUGGAAAACACAGCAAGAAGGCAUUUCCCUUUCCAGCUCUUUCCCAUCGCUGGUGCUCUGGCCAAGCAGCCCUCACUCUAUCGUUAUUCCUGCAGCCCUGUCUGCUUCCGCCCUCCUAUAUUUCACACAGCAGCCAGGGAUUGUAACAAAGAGUAAAUCAGA